UGGGAGACUCAAAGUGGACAGGAUUUGUUCAGAAAUGGAAGAGCUUGCAGAGCAUGGGAUUACCCUCCCUCCAAACAUGCAAGGCUUGACGGACGAGCAGAUCGAGGACCUGAAGCUGCGGGAUGAGUGGGCAGAGAAGUGUGUGCCUUGUGGAGGAGCCGAGUUAAAAAAGGAUGAGAUUGGAAGAAGGAAUGGCCAGGCUCCAAAUGAAAAAAUGAAACAAGUUUUAAAAAAAACAAUAGAGGAAGCUAAUGCAUUAAUUUCUAAGAAACAAGUUCAAGCCAAUGUAUGUGUAACUCUGGAGAUGAUAAAAGAUGCCCUUGAUCAACUCCGGGGUGCAGUUAUGAUAGUUUAUCCAAUGGGGCUUCCUCCACAUGACCCAAUCAGGAUGGAGUUUGAAGAUCAAGAAGACCUCUCAGGCACACAGGCAGCAUUGCAGGUGAUUCCUCCAGAAGAGUCGCAACUGUGGUGGGCAGCAAAGGAGUUGCAAAGGGGGAAAAAACUACAAGAAUAUGUGGGAAAAAAUGAGAAGACAAAAAUUGUGGUGAAGAUACAGAAGCGAGGACAAGGAGCUCCUGCUCGUGAGCCAGUGAUUAGUGCAGAGGAUCAGAAGCAGAUGAUGCUGCAUUACUACAAGCGUCAAGAGGACCUAAAGAAACUGGAAGAAGCUGAUGAUGAUUCACACCUUAACUCUGACUGGGCAGACAGACAAGCGCUGAAGAGGCAGUUUCAGGGUCUCGCCAAUAUCAGAUGGGCGCCCCGAUAAGUCAGAAAAUUACAGCUUAGUCACGCUUUCAUCGUAGUACCUCUGACAUUUGGAGUGAUUUUUCUUGAAUGCUUUGCAACUCUGUUAAUAUAGGUUUUUAUAUAACAUUUCCCAGCGAUCAACCUAAACUGUGAAUACCCCUUAUUUAUUUUUCCUGAGGUGCAUAGAAAUAAAACUUAUAUAUAAAAAUUA